AUGGAUGCAUUAUGCGACAUACUUGGAAGUGCAGCGUGAAGUUUCAGUAAUGUUUUUACCUUAUCACCUGCACACAAACUUUGCCUGUAUAAAACCUGUGUGCAGUUGAGACAACUCAGUGACUUCACUUAAACAAGAAACAUGCAGGCCUACUGGAUUUGUAUUGUGUUCACUUUUAUGCGCUUGAAUUUCACAUAUGGUCAACACAACUGGACUAUAUGCAAUCCAGAUGUAAACAAUGAUAUCGUAGUCGUGCACGAGCUAGGCAUAUUCCCGAUCACAAUCCGACUUCCGGGACAGUAUAACGUCACGGUUAAUGCCACUAUCGGCAAACGAAUCGACCACCUGAUGAUAGAUGUACAAGUAGGGCUUGAAAACCAUACCACGGGAGAGAUAGAUCUCGUGUAUCCGCUGGAUGACCAGUAUCUGCGAAUAUAUGACGGAUGUCUUCUGAUUAAUAAGCUGCUGUUCGGUGCGGUGGAUGAAGUGAAGUCAGACAUCGACGUCCAGAUAGACCGUCUGUUCAUGGAGGCGAACUCAUACCACGCCGGAUGUCCGCUGCUCCCCGGUCGCAUCACUUUCAGGGACAUAACCAUCAGCCUCCCCGCGGACCUCGUUGAGUUCAACUCAUUACCUAGUGCGCGGUACGUAGUGAACUUCCUGUACCGGUCCGACGCUGGGGCGCUGUUGGGCUGUGUGGACGCCCAUCUCAACUACGGCGGACACGUCAUCGACUAGACACGCACAUGAACUCACAACCACAUCUGCUAUUUCAAUGGUUUCAAGGGCAACCUCGCUAUUGCAAUCGCCCAAUGUCCUUUGUGCAUAUUCUUCUCCCGAACCACUUACUCAAGUUCAUAUAAAUAAUCCUCUGUA